CCGGCUUUCGAUGUAAUUCCAUCCCACGCCCGCGCCAUUCUAGUGACUUCUGAGCCAGGGUGAAUCCAUCUCCACCUCGCGCUUCCCUGUCGGUCUCCGCCCGCGACCCACUCCCGUCCAGGCCCUGCCAUUCGACACUCACCUGCAGAUCGCAGCUUAGGGUUUGUUUCUUCUCUCCUCUUCUGCCUCAUGGUUAUGGAAACACCCGAAUCCUACCGUUCUUACCGUUCGGCCUGCUACGAAUCAUGUCGCGCUGCGGUCCUUGUCUUUCCUCGGGCAUCUGGCUCCUUCUGGUUGGCUACCCGGGUUGAUUGGGGGUGGUCGAUAUAUCUAUAUAAGUCGCGAUGUACUCAGCUGUUCCUUUACUUCCUGGUAUGACAAUUCACGUGCCACCUUUCCUUCCACAAAAAGGCAUCGCCUUAACCCGGGCUGUCCUUCUUUCUUCCUCGUCUGUCAUCUUUGUCUUUUCGUGUUCCGUACUUCCAUCAAUAUGGACAAAAAGUCCACCGAGCCUGCAAAGGACUUAUCCCCGGAUGGUCGUUCGUCUAUCCAUGGGUUCACCCACCAUGCAGAGGAUAUCUUGCCUGAUAGGGAGCCCUAUGGGCCCCCAGGCGUCCGGGGUCUUAUUGCCAAUCCAUUCGUUCUCAUGUGUGCUGCCUGCUCGACAUUGGGUGGUCUCACCUUUGGUUAUGAUCAGGGUGUAGUCUCAGUCAUCCUGGUCAUGGAUCAAUUUUUGGAACGUUUCCCCGAGGUGAAUUCGGGCUUCUGGAAAGGCUUGAUGACAGCAAUGAUCGAACUAGGGGCAUUGAUUGGCGCAUUCAACCAAGGCUGGAUCGCAGAUAAGAUCUCUCGGCGAUACUCCAUCAUUGUCGCGGUUUGCAUCUUCACGAUUGGAUCAGUACUGCAGACAGCUUCAGUUGACUAUGCCAUGUUGACAGUCGCCCGACUGAUCGGCGGUGUGGGUAUUGGCAUGUUGUCAAUGGUUGCUCCUUUGUAUAUCUCAGAAAUCAGCCCACCUGAGUGUCGAGGGACUCUUCUGGUGAUGGAGGAAUUGUUCAUCGUCCUUGGCAUUGUCAUUGCAUACUGGAUUACCUAUGGCACUAGGUACAUGGCUGGAGAAUGGGCAUGGCGCCUCCCCUUCCUGCUACAGCUGAUCCCCGGCUUUAUCUUGGUGGCUGGUGUUAUCAUGUUGCCCUUCUCCCCAAGAUGGCUUGUUGCCAAGGGAAGAGAGGAGGAGGCUCUCCACAGUUUGUCAAGACUGCGCCAAUUGCCAACCUCCGAUAAGCGUGUUCGGCAAGAAUUGCUGGACAUCAAGGCGGAAGUCCGCUUCCAUCAGCAACUCAACGCAGAAAAGCACCCCACCUUGCAGGGUGGUGGGCUUAAGAAUGCAGUGCUGCUGGAUUUGGCAUGCUGGGCCGACUGUUUCCAGAAAGGUUGCUGGCGGAGGACGCACAUCGGUGUCAUGAUGAUGUUCUUCCAACAGGUAAGCAACGAAGACAUGACAAAUCCUUGGAAGAAACUAACAACAGUGGGUAGUUUGUUGGAAUCAAUGCUCUCAUCUAUUACGCGCCUACGCUGUUCGAAACCAUGGGAUUAGACUACAGCAUGCAGCUACUGAUGGCGGGUAUCGUGAAUGUGGG